GUAUGAGUUGGUCAGAAUAGAGAAUUGGCAAUUGAAAUUCAAUUCCUGGUUCUGUGUCUUGUUUGUGAUGACUCAAUCGAUGUCGCACAAGCCUCUGGACUCGCGCCACUCCAUAGACUCGUGCUUGUUGCAGCUCCGCAGCUGGAAACCCUUCAAGCUCCAACAAGACGGGCCCCACCCUAAACCCUACUACCACAAACGCCCCUGCCUCUCCGAUCGCACAACCACCUCGUUUUCCCUCGACAUGUCCAAACUCACCCUCGCCGCCGACGACGACACCAUUCACAACCCCAACAACAACCGCGCCACCAAUUACCGCCUCGUCGCGCGCAAGAGGCGCCGCCGCGGCUCCCGAUCCCUGUCCGGCCGCAGCAGCGACCGGAGCGGGACGCGGCGCUGCUGCUCCGUGGGGGCCUCCGCCGCUUACGGCACCUGCUCCGAUUUCCCGGUGGCCAUGGGCACCGAUUCCAGUGGGGAGCUCUUCGGCAACGGGGAUCCGAAUUGGUCUUCGGACGUGAGCGAGGCGAAGAAUUCGAGGAGGGAGAGAGAGAGGGAUGGCGAGAAGGAGAAUGUGGGUGUUGGGUUUGGGGUGAGUGGCUGCUCUGAUGCAAAUGGUAACGAAUCUGGGUAUGGGAGCGAACCGGGUUAUCGCGGGGAUGCUGAGUUUGGAUAUGGGGAUGAGUUUGAUGAGGAAGAGGAUGAUCCCAGAUUGUUGUUCUGGGGUGACCAACUUGGAGAGACUGACUUGACCUUCAUUGCACCAGCUGUAGAUUCUAAAAGGGAGAUGGUUGGAGAGAACACCUUGCUAGAUCAAAAAUCUCAUCAUAGAUGCCGUCGCAGGAAGCAUGAUUGUAGAAUGGUUGAUGCAUUAAGGUGACUAUCACAGAAAUCUGUGGAAUGUGAACUCAACAGACUGAACAGAGUCCAAUCUUUCCAGGGUUUUUGUGCAUGAAUCCCUGACCAAGUGGUUUUGGUGCUUACCCACGGCCUGACCCAUUUGCCAAAGCAAUAUCCGAAGUAUUUUAGCGAGUAUGAAAAUAUGAUGUGGGAUCAAUCCGCUUCUGUAGACAUUGAUCCAAGUAUGAAGUGCUGUACUUGCGAUAAUGAUUUCUGAUUUCUGCAAGGGAAAAUAUGUACAAGGACGGACGAAUAAGCAUUAGGCUUUGGUUAUUUGUUUGGGAUGGGUACAACUUCUUAAUGAGUCAUUAUAAUUUCAUAGAAUACAGUUGAAAAAAUCUCUUAAAACAUAUUCUAGCAUGUUGAGCUUGCGUUCGAAAACUCUAUAUGUACUAACCUGCCAUCAAUCUUUUUGAGUUUUGACUGCAA